GAGAGAUGGGUUCGUGCGGGGACCCUGGCGCCCCGGGGCUUGGAUGUUCAGGCCCAGCGGGUGACCCUGGGCCCCCUGGGGCUUCCGAACCUGGAGUGCAGGGCCUGACUGGACAGAUGGGAGGCAGAGGGAGAGACGGGUUACCGGGUGCAUCAGGUCCUAGAGGUGACCCUGGGCUGGAAGGAAGAUCUGGACUGGGCCCUGAUGGACCGCCUGGACCUGGAGGACCACCCGGUCCCAAAGGGUCGGUUGGCCGUGAUGGGGAUAAAGGUCACAGUGGUGUAUCGGGCCCUGUGGGGGACGACGGGCCCCCAGGCCCUUGUGGAUCAUCACCCACUACAGACUUAAAUGGGCCCCGAGGGGACCCUGGAAAGCGUGGUCUGCCUGGUUUCCUUGGUGCUAAAGGACACCCUGGAUAUCCUGGACCCAAAGGCAUUGAUGGGAGGGACGGUGACCCAGGAAAUGGGACGAGAGGCUCUCCAGGUGAUCCUGGGGCUGAUCGACUGUGCUCAGGAGGACCAGGCCCAUCUGGACUCAAAGGAGAUAUGGGGCUCAUGGGUCUACCAGGUCCCCAUGGAAUAAAGGGAGGCCCGGGUUCCCAAGGAGGCCCGGGACUAGACGGUAGGCCCGGUCCAUGUGGGCCUAAAGGAGCUAAAGGAGGGUCCAGUUAUGCAAAACCAGGCCACACAGGACCACCUGGACAGAAGGGCGAGCCAGCCUUGUAUAACAGACAUGCCUCCAAAGGAGAGAAAGGCUCUCCUAGUUGCGCAGGUCAUCCAGGCUCCCAAGGACCCUCUGGAGCCCAAGGAGACCCAGGACAUCAUGGAAAUCAUGGACCCCAAGGUCCUGCCGGCCCGCCAGGUACCGAUGGUCCUCCAGGCCACCCAGGACCCCCUGCGUCAUGUGGAGCUCCAGGACAACCAGGGUUAUCUGGCCCUCAUGGUCCCUAUGGUCCUAAAGGUAACCAGGGUCGCGAUGGCAUUCCUGGACCUGCUGGUCGGAAGGGAGAGACACUGAUUGUAGGGUCAACUCCUGGCCCACGUGGAAAGAAUGGACUGCCAGGUCCAAAGGGAGAUGCGGGUUUCCCUGGCCCCACUCCUCCGGGGCCCCCAGGGUGUCCAGGAGACCAGGGCCCCAGAGGCGACGAAGGACCCCAGGGUCCUCGCGGGAUGCCAGGGUUCGGUGGUGUUUGUGUCAACGGGCUGAAAGGAGAUGCUGGUCCCCAUGGCAGCCCUGGAUGCCCUGGACAGCGAGGUCCGCGGGGGCUGCCUGGGUCUGGAGGCUAUGAAUGUAAAGGGGACAGGGGAGACCUGGGCGCUUCAGGCGGCAGAGGCUUCGACGGGCCAACAGGGGACCCCGGACUUCCAGGGCUACGGGGACCAGGAGCCAUCGCUGGACCUCCAGGACCAAUAGGUGAACCAGGUCACUCUGGACCCCCAGGAUGCCCCGGUAAUAUGGGUGAUCCUAGUUGUAACCCCGGCCCGAAAGGACCAAAUGGAUCCAAAGGCCGGCCAGGACCACCAGGUGUUCCGGGGCUUGACGUGCUUGUACUAGUGAGACACGAAAUGGGGGAUCCGGGCCCACCCGGUUGCACCGGCAACCAGGGAACUCCAGGUCCCAGUGGGUCGCCAGGACAACCAGGAUUAACAGGCCCCACAGGCCUUGAGGGUCAGCAGGGACACAGCCCUCCAGGGCUGCCUGGUUUCCCCGGACGCAAGGGAGACAAAGGAUCGCCAGGACUGACAGGGCCGUUGGGCUACCAGGGUCCUCGGGGUCCCCAGGGUCCUCGGGGCCCACAGGGCUGCAGCACGGCAGGCCUGGCUGACAGUUUCCUGCUGGUUCGACACGGCCAGACCAUCAGGGUGCCUGACUGCCCCCAAGGCACCACCCUCAUCUACUCCGGAUACUCUCUGCUCUUCAUCAAUGGCAACGAGAGGGCUCACGGACAAGACCUGGGCUCCAUUGGCAGCUGCCUGCCUCGUUUCUCCACCAUGCCCUUCCUGUUCUGUGACACGGACAACACCUGUCGCUACGCCGCCCGCAACGACUACUCCUAUUGGCUGUCCACGGAGAAGCCCAUGCCACGCAGCAUGAACCUGAUCAGAGGAGACAAGAUAAGCAGCUACAUUAGCAGGUGUUCAGUGUGUGAGGGCAGCUCCAAUGCCAUUGCCAUCCACAGCCAGACCGCCCAGCUCCCAGACUGUCCUGGUGACUGGGAAUCCCUCUGGACUGGAUACUCCUUUGUCAUGCAAACGGGUGCGGGUGCUGAGGGGUCGGGCCAGCCUCUGGUCUCCCCAGGCUCGUGUCUGGAACACUUCCGCCAGGUCCCCUUCAUCGAGUGUCACGGCCGGGGAACCUGUAACUACUUCCCUGACUCCUACAGCUUCUGGCUGGCCUCGCUCGACCCCAACCACAUGUUCAGUAAGCCUGUGCCCCAGACGGUGAAGGGACGUCUUCUAGAGAAUGUCAUCAGUCGUUGCCGCGUCUGCAGGAAAGCACAUGGCCAUGGCAGUGUAUUGUAACUCACCUACAGCCUCGGGCAUUGCAAAAAAUGAACCAUUACUUUGACGGACGAGACUUUAACAAUGAUAAUAAUCAUAUUCUAAUGUCUUUAUAAUGAGGUGUUCUUUCAGACAAAUCCAGCCAAGUAUUCGGAACGUGUAAGAUACUAUUUGUAACCUGGUAUGGUUCCCAGUCCGAAAGACACGGCUGAAUUAUUCUGAAUCAAGACUGACAUGUUUUUUAAGAUACCAUGGAACUACUGUUAACAUUACCUUCUGGGUUGUAUUGCAUUGAGCCCUCCAUGACUCACACUAAGGACCACACAAAUGUGAUUUUAAUGUAACUAAGUGGUUUUAUACAGUCUCAAGCACUGUACUGUAUAUAGCUAUUGUGUUUGGUUAGGUUUUAUUGACAUGUAUGUUUUUCAGGUCUUUUGUCAUUUGAUCAAGUAUAUUUGAUAAUGUAUCUCAGUUAUCCCCUUCAACAUAGGUGCUCUCACACAAAACAACAUGUGAUUUUUGUAUUUGCAGAAUUUCUUAUUACACUGGUUGGAUAAUGCCACAUAAACAUUCACUCAAAGUUG